CCCCACAAUUAGCUAGCUGCCUUCCCGACCCGUCGGCCCUCACCGUCCCAACGGCCACUCCCAACCCUUCACCUCACUCCUCCAAUACAUAAACGCCGACCCCAGAGGUCGCCAACCACAUCCAAAUCUAGCCUUUGCCAAUCCACACUCCGACACGCCACCAUGGGGCUCUUUGGCAAGAAGAAGGACAAGGGUGCUGAGGCUGAAGACAGCAACCGCUCCGCCCUUUUUGGCAACCGCAAGGGAAAAGAGAGCCCUGCCGCUCAGAAUCCCUAUGCCGCGCCUCCAGCAAACGACCCCUAUGCUCAACCACCUCCCUCAUACUCCAACUCGGGCCCCGACAACUCUUUCCGCCAAGAGAAGACGCCCGCAGUGACGGGACCAGGCCAGAGCUACGGACAGCAAUCGGGUGGAUAUGGCGCUCAAGGAGGCAGCUACGGCGCUCAGUCGGGAUAUGGGAAUGACCGUUACGGCGGCGGUGGCGCGACUCAGCGCCCUGGUGGUUACGGCGGACUCGGCAGAACUCCAUCGAAUGACACCAUGGCGACUGAUGCUGGUCGCAACGAGCUUUUCGGCAAUGCCGCCCAACGACAACAAGCGCGACCGCAACAAGAAUCCGGUGGCUAUGGACAGAGCGGCGCCUAUGGCGAUAGCCAGAGCGGUGCAUACGGUGGCGGUGCUUCAGGGGGCUAUGGUUCCACACCAGGUGGAUACGGCACCUACGAAGACCGUCAACUGACGGCUGAGGAGCAGGAAGAGGAAGACAUCAAGGCCACCAAGCAAGAGAUCAAGUUCAUCAAGCAACAAGAUGUGUCCAGCACGAGGAACGCUCUUCGUCUAGCCGAACAGGCCUUGGAAACUGGUCGUGGAACCCUGUCUACCAUGGCAGCGCAAGGAGAGCGAAUCCACAACACUGAACGCAACCUUGAUCUGGCCGCUAUCCAAAGUGACAGGGCUUCAGGACAGACCAAAGAGCUUGCCCGAAUCAACGCCAGCAUGUUUUCCAUCGUACCCAACCCCUUCACCGGCAACUCGAAACGCGAGAAGGAAAUGCAGCGAGCAAUGGACCAGCAUGCACGCGACCGCGAGACGCGUGAAGCAACCAACAAGGCGGCCUGGGAGUCGAAUGCCCGUGCAAAUGCUGCCCAACGAGGGCUACAGACCGCUGGUGCGGGCAUAGGAGGCAACAAGGCCUCACUGGCCCAGCGCUCAAAGUACCAGAUGGAGCCCGACUCUGAGGACGAUGAAAUGGAGAAUGAGAUUGAAAACAACUUGGAUCAACUCCAUAUCGCCGCAAAGAGCCUUAACCACCUCGGUCGCGCUAUGGGCGAAGAAGCAGACAGGCAGAAUGAGCACAUCACCCGCAUCACGGGCAAGACGGACAAUGUCGACGAUAAGAUCGCCAGGAACAGGCUCAAGCUUGAUCGUAUCCGUUAAACCGGCGUCUUUGUACAAAUUCGAGUCUUUGUGGGAGGGGGUUCGAGGCAGCAUGGUUAGAUUGUCGAUAUUGCAUCUAGGCGUUUUUUUAUGCAGAUGAAGAAGAAUGAAUGAAUUGAUGGAUGAAUGAAUGCUAAAUGCUGCGCCCCUUCUGUUGAAAUAGCGAGAGGGAUAUAUCUCAUAUCAUGUCAUGUCAUUGUG